UGGAGCAGGUAAUUGUAUCACACUCCUGUGAAGUAAUGUUUGCUGAGGAGCUUUGGUGCUAACAUGUCUUAACUGGGGGGACAUCUUUGAAAAGCAAAUGUAAUCUGCAUCCCAAGCAGUAUAUAACCAGCCAGCCCAAAAAGUGAGGCGUCGCAUUCUGUCCCAAAGCCCCGGCCAGCUCCCCGCCGCCUGAGCUACAGCCAUGGAGACAGGAAUGGAUUUUAUACACAGCUCUGGAGUCCAAAUGACUCGCUACCUGCAGGAGAACUACCAGGGCUCCCAGGGCUGGUUCCUCUUCAUCUCCUUCGCUGCCGACCUCAGAAACACCUUCUUCAUCCUCUUCCCCAUCUGGUUCCACCUCUGCGAGGCAGUGGGCGUCGAGCUGAUCUGGGUGGCCGUGAUUGGGGACUGGCUCAACCUGGUCUUUAAGUGGAUUCUCUUUGGGCAGCGACCCUACUGGUGGGUCCGUGAGACUGGCUACUAUGGCAACACUUCCAGCCCUGUGAUCCAGCAGUUCCCUGUCACCUGUGAGACCGGCCCAGGCAGCCCCUCUGGCCAUGCCAUGGGCUCAGCUGGAGUGUGCUACGUGAUGGUGAUGGCUCUGCUUAGCACCCUGCGUCGGCGCCGGAGAUCCCCCUUCCAGCAGCAGUAAGGAUCCAGCUCUGCCCUCGCGCUGGGUGCAGGGCCAAGGGGUGUAAUUCAGGGCAGUGGCAUUAGCUCUGGGCAGAAUGAGCUCUGGCUAAUCCCAGCCGCGUGCGGCUCCUCUGGGCCCAGCCAUGGCAGCCGA